AUAUUUUCAUAAAGCAAAAGGAAUCAAUCAAAACUCUCCAUUCCCCCGUAACCUUUCCUUCAACUCCAACACCAAAUCAUCAUCAUUUUCCUCACACAACCAUUCACUCCUUUUUUCUUUCCUCACCCAAUCAACAACUAAAAAGCCAAUACACUAACAUGUCCAUGCUACCCCUCAACUCAUCUUCUUCUCUUCUUUCACAAUCAACCUUUCCCUUUGUCUUAAGACUCUCUUCAACUCAAUCUCAUUUGAGUUCAAAGUUCUAACCACAAAUUUUCAAGAUGGAAUCUCCACUCUUCCUUAACCUUAAUCUUAUCUCUCUAAACAACUUGUUCUUCACACCCCCCCAAAACGAAAGAUACCAACCUUAUUGAAACACACAAAAACACAAACAAGUUGAACCAUUUCAUGGAGAUUCACAAAAACACAAACAAGAAAUGGGGUGGUUCCAAAAAGGAAUCAAAAUCAUUAGAACCAAUUGCAACUACUACUCCAAAGAUGAAAUGGAAGAAAAUGAUGAUUUUCUUCAACACAACAAAAGCUACCCAAAACCAAAACCCACCUCAAGAAUUUCUAUGCCCCAUUUCAGGUUCUCUCAUGUCUGAUCCUGUAAUUGUCUCCUCUGGUCAUUCCUUUGACCGAACCUCAGUACAAGCAUGUAAAAAUCUCAACUACACCCCCCAACUUGCUGAUGGCACCACCCCAAAUUUCACAACAUUAAUACCAAAUCUUAACCUCAAAUCCUCCAUUCUCAAAUGGACUCAAACCCAAACCAAAAUGCAAACCAAUCCAAAUCUAACAACCACUGAAAACCUCGUACUCAAACUUAUGUCUUCAAAACAACAUGAACAGAAUCAAAACAACCUCGUACUCAAACUAAUGUCUUCAAAACAACAUCAGCGUAACCAAAACAACCUCGUAUCAAAUAAAAACGACCAAGAAGAAGAAACACGACCAAUAUCAAUGUUAACACCACGAAAAACCUCCUACUCAAGCUCAGAGGAAUCUAUAGCUACUGUCACUUCAUCAUCAUCAACAAGAACAACACCACCACAGCUUCAAAGUUUCUGUUACUCUUCACCUUCUUCAUCUGAACUUGAACCUUCAACAACACCGGAAGAAGAAGAAAUAGUAACAAAACUCAGAAACCAUGAAUUGGUUAUAGUAGAAGAAGGUUUAAUCUCACUCAGAAAAAUCACAAGAACGAAUUUGGAAAGUAGAGUUCAACUUUGCAGCAAUAGGGUACUAUGUUUUCUGCGUUCUUUGAUUUUGUCUAAGAACGAGGUUGUAAGAGUCAAUGCACUUGCUUCAUUGGUCAACCUUUCACUUGAGAAAGUUAACAAAGUGAAGAUAGUCCGGUCAGGAAUUGUUCCACCGUUGAUUGAGGUUUUGAGGUUUGGAUCGUGUGAAUCGCAGGAACAUGCUUCGUGUGCGAUGUUUAGUUUAGCGCUUGAUGAUGAUAAUAAAACUGCGAUUGGUGUUUUAGGUGCUCUUUUGCCAUUGCUUCACGCGCUUAAAUCAGAGAGUGAAAAGACGCGCCAUGACUCGGGUUUGGCACUUUGUCAUUUGUCUUUAGUGAGGAGUAAUCGGGCUAAGAUGGUUAAGCUAGGGUUUGUUUCGGUUUUGUUGGGGAUGGUUAAGUCGGGUCAUAUGAUGGAUCAAGUUUUGUUGAUGUUGGGUAAUUUAGGGUUUGGAUCGGAUGGUCGGGCUGCUAUGUUGGAUGCAGGUGUUGUGGAGUGUUUGGUGGGUUUAUUGUGUGGGAACGAGUUGGAGUCUGAGUCGACCAAAGAGAGUUGUGUUGCGGUUUUGCAUGCAUUGAGUCAUGGCGGAUUGAGGUUUAAGGCGGUGGCAAAGGAGGUUGGAGUUGUGGAAAUGUUGCAAAAGAUGGAGAAAAUGAAGAGCGAGAAGGCUAAAGAAAAGGUGAGGAGGAUAUUGGAGGUGAUGCGAGAAAAAGAGGUUGAAGAAGAGGAAGUGGAUUGGGAGGAGUUGCUUGACUCAGGGUUCAGUGGUCGAACUAUGAAUCGACUCAACAGUGGAUUGGAUGAUUUAAGUGUUAAAUCGGAUGAGCUGUGAAUACAUGAGAAAUUUUAUUUUUAAGUUUUUUUCAAUGUGAUUAUCAGUUUUUUCAAGUCAAUGUUGUUGAAGUUCACUUGGGUAAAAAUUGGAGAUUGUGGUACUUUUUCUUUUCUUUUUACAAUUUUUCCAUUGUUUUCUUAUUUUUUAAGUUGGGUGGAGAAUGGAAAAAUGAAAAUACUCUUUUAUUAGUUGAAAUACUUUUUCAAUUUUUAUUUUGGUUUGUGUAUAAGGAAGAGAAAAGCAAUGAAUUCUUAGUUAAAUGGGUGUAUUGAGGUUGUAAAGAGAAAUAGAGAAUGUGAUGUUGUUCAUGGUGGAAUAAAAGAAGAUGAAGAUUAAUAAAGUUGAUUUUUUUUGGAGUA